GGAUGUAGAUGGAGGGGAUACCUUGCGCUCUGUACUGGGUAAUACUUCUCCAUUAAUUUAAAUUUCUGCAUUUUUGUGGCAUAGAUCUUAUGGGAAUCUGUCUAUCUUCCCAAGUAAGUGAUUCUACUGUUAAGUUAGUAAUGGAGGAUGGGAGGUUGAAGGAGUUUGCUGACCCUGUAAAGGUAGAAGAAAUAUUGAGAGAAAGGCAAGGCUUCUUUGUCUGUCAUUCUGAUUCCAUGGCUUUUGAUCAGUAUUUGACUCCUCUCAAUGCACAAGACGUACUGCAACUUGAUGAACUGUAUUUUGUCCUCCCUGAAAUAAAAUUAAAAUACCCAUUACCUGCUUCAGAGAUGGCCGCCAUGGCCAUAAAAGCCCUUUCUGCACUGGAACGAAGCUCGUACAAGAGCCAAAGUCGGUUUAGAGUCAUGCCUUUGGAGAAAAAUGUUAUGGAUACCCACCAAAACCAUAGAUUUCUGUCAACAGACAGAAUGGAAGAGUUCUGCGUUGUGGGGUAUGAUUCGACAUCUGUUAAGAAAUAUAAGCGCUCAGCGUCGAAAGGAAGUAUGGCUUCACGAAAGGCAUGGAAGACGAGACUCACCACAGUUCCCGAGGGAUUCGUAUAUUGAAUGUUUAAGAAAAAAAUUAAAAUUAAAUUUUGAAUUUUCUCAAAUUAUACUAUUCAUGCCACUCUUGUCUAUGUAGUAUUAGAUUGAUCAUAUUUAUUAAUUAAUUGAAAAUAAAAAAUUGUUACUUUUUUAUUAAUUAAUACAUGUCUACAUCAUACUUUAUUUUUUUCCCCUUUUUUAAGAUGUGAAGAUAAAGACAACAAGAUCCCUAUAAUGCACAAUGAUCUAGCAUUCUUGACAAAGGAAUUUGAUAAUGCAAGUUUGUUUUUGUUGACAUGACAUCAAUACAUUGAAGGUUCCAAUUA